GAGAGGGAAGGAUGGGAAGACAGAGGGGGUUAUGCAGACUUUCAAUGUGGUAAUCUUACAUGGUACGAGGCGAAGGGCUAGGUUCAUUAAUGUUCAACCCUGUAGUCCAAUGUAGGGCAACGCAAGAGUAUUAGCAUCCUACCGACCUGUUUGCAUCUCUACCGCAUUCCAUUGGAUUUUCGAAGAGAAAAUAGCUCGUCCAGAUGUCCAGACUCUUCGGCGAGUGGUCAAUACCAUGCAGCAUCUCCACGUGCGUUGAGGCGGGGUACCCUAAAGUGGGAAAAGCUUGGCCGCAACGACAAUCGAAGGCACCCGCGACAUCGUGGGGUAACUUCGGCUUCUCAGGCUUCCAUUUCGCUGCUUCGAUAUUCAAACAUCACUUCCCUCCUCCCGGAAAUGGAGCAGGAGUAAUCUCACCGACCAAUUCACCGCUAUCCCGAAUCCCAAAACACUACCGCAACGAUGCAAAUGCCCGACGUCCCCGUCAACGUGCCCGUCGACGACCCCAACGCCGACACGGAAUGGAACGACAUCCUGCGCAAACACGGCAUCAUACCCGAGAAACCGCCCUCGCCGACACCCAUGAUCGAGGAAGCACUGGUCGAGGCGCGAAGACUGGCGCACGAGAAUCGGCUCGAGGGUAAAGACCUGGACGAGUUGGCGGAACUCGAGGACGACGAGGAUGAGGAUUUCCUUGAGACGUACCGGAAGAAAAGGAUGCAAGAGUUGGCGACUAUAACCAAUGCGUCUGUAUUCAACCAGGUGUAUCAUGUCCAGAAACCGGAUUAUCAGAGGGAUGUGACGGAUGCGUCGAAGGAUGCGUUUGUCUUCGUCCUGCUCACGUCGUCGCAAGGUGUGAAUACGGAGUCGCGCAUCGCGAUCGAGAUAUGGAGGGAGCUGGCGCGGAAGUUCGGCGACGUCAAGUUCUGCCAGAUCAGGGCGGAUCUGUGUAUUGAGGGUUAUCCUGAGAGGAAUACGCCGACUGUGUUGGUGUACAAGGAUGGGGAUAUCAAGAAGCAGUUGGUGACAUUGAGGGAGGUUGGGGGUGUGAGGUGUAAGGCUGCUGAUAUUGAGAAGGUGCUUGUCGAGGUUGGUGCGGUGAAGCAGACGGAUCCGAGGCUGAGGAGGAACAGGGAGGAAGGGGAAGAGGAGGCAGGGCAUAGUAAGAUUCGGCAGGGGAAGACGAGUGCGGAUGAUGAGGAUAGCGAUUGGGAUUGAUGGCUCCUGUGAAGGCGGCGCUAUACACCUGCGCGCGAUAUCAUGGAGGCCAUCGGGAGAUGCAAGAAGCACCUAUGGAAGGUUGUCCCUGUGGUCGGCACAUAGAGAUCCAGUCCCUGCCCAAUCUAGGGGUCCUGGCUACACUGGAAAGACAAGAUCUGGCCGGACGAAUUCUGUUGACGGUUGGUACGCUGACGUCCCAA